AAACGCACCCUAAACAACAAUCGAUACUCGAAAAAGUCUCUAAUUUCAAAUUUGACAGUUCGUCAUUUUCGAAACUUUUCUUUCUUUCUCUUUCCGCUAAACUGUCAAAAACGAUUUUGAUAGAAUAACAAAAAAUGGCCAAGUCAAAGAAUCACACAAAUCACAACCAAAACCGCAAGGCUCACCGCAACGGUAUCAAAAGGCCAAUCCGUAAACGCCAUGAAUCUACCUUGGGUAUGGACCAAAAGUUCUUGACAAACCAAAAGUUCUCCCGCAAAGGCAACCUGUCUGGAGUAGAAUCCAAGAAACGUUGCGAAGAACGUAUUGCCUCCCGUGUCGGCAAACCAAAGCCAAUCAAGCUAUAAGUUAUACGUGUUAAAGAAAGCGAUGAAUAAAAAACCAUUUUUAUAGAAAAAAUA